UUUCCAUUUAGAUGUAGCUUGAAUUUUCGAAACCUAAUAACAAGGCAUAUCAUUAGGAGAUAAUACCUGUCAUUUCUAUCAUUUUAUCAGUUUGCUCUAACUAAUAUAGCCUUGAUGCCUGCCAACACCUCUCUCUAUAUCUCUCUCCAUAUGCAUCUUUUGUAUGCAUCCCAUCCGAUCCAAAGUCCAUUCAUGGGAGAUUUCUCACCUUCGACCGAGGAAUCUCAGUCCUUGACGUCUCCGAAAGCUAAUUCGAAUGUGAUCCCGCGUGCUCAGCCGAUCUCCCUCGUCCAACCAUCGCGAAAGAACGACAAAGAUAAAUCCAAAGUGGUCCGUGCUUUCCGAUCCGUGAUCCGUGCGUUUCCGAUCAUCAACCCUAGAUGCCAGUGCACCGCAUGCCCCACUGCCGGCGUGUCGACCGAGUCGAAAAUCAAUUCGAGUACUCGAGUGACGGGGACUUUGUUUGGGUUCCAUAAAGGUAAGGUGUCACUUUCUUUGCAGGAGAACCCUAAGUGCCUGCCUUGGUUAGUUGUGGAGUUAGCUUUGCAGACCAAUGUGCUACAGAAGGAAUUGAGUAGUGGGAUGGUUAGGAUCGUCCUCGAAUGCGAAAAGAAAGCCGAUAAGGACAAGAUAAUGUUGCUCGACGAGCCUUUGUGGAUGAUGUAUUGCAACGGGAAGAAAACCGGGUACGGCGUGAGGCGAGAGGCGACGGGGGAUGAUUUGAACGUGAUGGAGCUCCUCAAGGCUGUUUCAAUGGGAGCUGGGGCUUUGCCGGGGAACACCGAAACCGAAGGUCCUGACGGGGAGUUAGCCUACAUGCGGGCUUUCUUCGAACGAGUCAUCGGUUCAAAGGAUUCGCAGACGUAUUACAUGGUGAGUCCCGAUACGAGAAACGGGCCCGAGCUCAGUAUAUUUCUUGUGAGGCUCUGAGUUUAACAUGGUUCAUCAAAGGAGUUUGAUAUAGAGAGUGGUGAUUGGCAUAGAUUAUGGGCUCCAAUUGAUUCAAGAUUGGAGAUGCUCUGUAAUGAAUAUACAUCCCCAUGGUUUUAAGGUAUUCUAAGGUUCCACCUAGGCAGC